AUGGCCUUGGCCUUCGUCAAGCGCAGCUUUCAAGCAGGCAGGCAGGCGCAAUGGCGGCACUUCAGUGCCCAAACAGCAGUCGCCGGAGUCCGACAUGAUUGGACUCGGGAAGAGAUCCGUGAGAUUUACCACGAGCCUUUGUUGGAAUUGAUUUUUCGCGCAGCCAGUGUUCACAGAAGCCACUUCAACCCCCGCGAGGUGCAGCAGUCAACCUUGCUUUCAAUUAAGACCGGGGGCUGUGGUGAAAACUGUGGAUAUUGCUCGCAGAGCCAGAGCUUCAAGACUGCGGUGAAGCCUACUCCCAUGAUGCAAGUCGAUGAGGUCCUCGAAGCUGCCCGCAGAGCAAAAGAGGCAGGCUCCACGCGAUUUUGCAUGGGCACGGCCUGGCGUGGAGUGGGCCAGAAGAAUGCUUUCAAGCACAUCCUAACAAUGGUCAAGGAGGUUUCCGGCAUGGGCAUGGAAACUUGCUGCACUUUGGGUUUGUUGAAUGCUGAGCAGGCCAAGCAAUUGAAAGAGGCUGGACUAACGGCAUACAACCACAACCUGGACACCAGUCCCGAGCAUUAUCCCAAUAUCGUCUCCACCAGGACGUAUGCAGACCGCCUAGAGACGCUGGCCAAUGUUCGCGAGGCCGGGAUCAGCGUUUGCUGCGGUGGCAUUCUUGGGAUUGCCGAGACCGAGGAGGACCGUGUUGGGCUGCUUCACACCCUGGCAACCUUGCCCGAGCACCCGGAAUCGGUUCCCAUCAAUGCGCUGGUCCCUGUGGAGGGGACGCCCCUUGGCGACCGUCAAAUUCGCAUGGGGACAGGGGUGACGUGGCGUGACAUGAUGCGGUCCAUUGCCACGGCGAGGAUCGUGAUGCCACGGUCCAUGGUCCGUUUGUCGGCUGGACGGAUGGAGUUCUCCCAGGAGGCCCAAGCGAUGAUGUUCAUGGCAGGUGCCAACUCCAUCUUCACCGGGGACAAGUUGCUGACAACGCCGAAUCCCAAGUUCUCGGAGGACUCCAAGAUGUUCGAGCUACUGGGUUUGACGGGCAAGAAGCCCUUCACCGGCCCGACGGCGUCGCUGCGACCUUCUUGGGCCGAAGCGGAGGCGGCUGCUCCUGGCCAUGAGCUACCCCAGGUCUCGGAGCCGAUGUGGCAGAGCGCCAAACCCCGUGAGGUCACCUUCUGA